GACGAGCGGGUGGGCGGGGCUUCGGCGGCGGCGGCGGCGGCGCGCGCGCUUUUUCGGCCGCUGCUUCGGCCCUGGCGGGCGCCGGAGCCGCCGCCAUGAGCGGGGCCGGGGCCGGGACAGACCGACCGUCCCCGGCCAAGCUCCGCCGUCUGGACGAGCCCACCGGGACGGGCCCUGCCGCCGCCGUUAGCCGCGGGGAGACGGCUCGUUCCCCCACCCCCGCCGGAGGUCGUGGUGAGGGCCGCAGCGCGCGCGCGCGGGGCAACGGGUCCGGGCAUGCGCGGGGCGGCUGCGGCGGGGACGCGCGCGCGCCCCCUGGCGGCUGCCCGGAGAUCGCGGCUUUGGCCGGGGAGAGGCUGGAGACCCCCAAGGAGGGGCUGGAGACCCCCGGGGAGGGCACGGGGGAGCCGAAGGUCACCGGAAAGGUCAUGGCCAGCCUGGAGACCACCGAGGAGGCCGAGGGGGACCUGGAGACCAUCAACAGAAGCAAAGGGAGCCUGGAGAACACAAGUGGUGACUGCUUGGAGCAAGAAAAAGGGGGUUCGGAGACCACCAGAGAGGCCAUGGGAGACCUGGAAAUUGCUGUCACACACUCCUUGGAGAAGAACAAGGGUGUCCCGGAGGCUCCCAUGGAAUCCAAGGGAAGCGUGGAGACCACCAGCGAGGCCACGGGUGGUCUGGAGACCAGCAGGGAGGUCACAGGGAGCCCUGGGACCACCAAUGGGCGCAAAGGGAGCCUGGAGACAGCCGUCACUCGCUGCUUGGAGCAAGGCAGAAGGAGCAAGGGGGGCCUGGAGACCACCACCAAGGUCCUGGGCAGCAUGGAGAGUGAUGCUUCUUCUGGUGGGGAGCAAAAAAGCACCAGCAGGCGCAAGGCAAAGACCCCUGUGAGGCCCAGGGUGAGCGUAGAGACUGCCAGUCCCCCGUGCUUGGAGUGGGAGAGAAGCCUGGACACCAGCAGGGAGAGCUUGGAGGACUUGGAGGCCACCAGAGAAGACACAGGGAGCCCGGAGACCACCAUCACUGGCCACGUGAGGCGGGACAGAGAGCAGAAAGGAGGCGUGGAGUUCCCCACGGAGCCCGAGGAGGGCCUGGAGCCCACAGCCUGCGUGGGGCAGAGCCGGGGCGGCCCCGGCCUCCCAGAUCUCAUGGGGGUCCCGGAGCCCGCGGGGGUGCCGGUCCCCAAGGAGCACGUGGCCGAGGAGAGCGCGGUGAUCUCCCUGGACGAGGACGAGGAGGAGGAGGAGGAGCGGGAUGAAGGGCCGGCGCGGUACCUGGCGGCGCUGGAGGCCGUGCAGCUGGAGCUGGAGGCCGUGGAGGAGGAGGCGGCUCGAGCCUUCCGCCGCCUGCGCGCCCGCUUCUGCCUCCGCCGCCGGCCGCACCUGCAGCGGCGCAACCGCCUCAUCCAGCACAUCCCCGGCUUCUGGGUCACCGCCUUCCUGAACCACCCGCAGCUCUCGGCCAUGAUCAGCGACCGCGACGAGGACGCGCUGAGCUACAUGACGAGUUUGCAGGUGGAGGAGUUCGGGCAGAGCCGCCCCGGGUGCCGCAUCCGGUUCUUCUUCAGCGUCAAUCCCUAUUUCCAGAACGACGUCGUGGCCAAGGAGUUCGUGCGCGGCCCCUCCGGUCACCUGGUGUCCCACUCGACCCCGAUCCGGUGGUGGCAGGGGCAGGACCCCCGGACCCGUCCCCACAAGGGUCCCCCGGCCCCUCGGAGCUUCUUUGCGUGGUUUGGGGAUCACAGCUUCCCUGCAGGGGACCGUGUGGCUGAGAUCAUCAAGGAGGAGCUUUGGCCCAACCCGCUCCAGUUCUACCUGCUGGGGGAGGGCGCCGAGGGACCCCCUGACAGUGAGAGCGGCGAGGACUGCGUGGUGAUCCUGGAUGACGACGAGGACGUGCAGGAGAUCCCAGAUGAUGGGGACGGCAGUGGCGUGGAAGAGAUCCCAACAGAGGAGCCCCCCAACCCCCCCGUGGGACAGAAAGACCCCCACAGGGGCAGAAUUUAACUGGGGGGGGGGAUCUGGGGGUGCUGCACAUCUCCACCCCCCCAGCAUUGCGGGUAACGAGGGGCUGGGGGCCCCCAACACAGCUCAGGGUGUUCGAAGGCCUUUCACCCCCCUGCUCCCCAAAACUUUCAUGACCCCACCCCCCCCCACCUCCGGGGAUCCCCAAUCUCCCCAGCUCCAUUACCUGGGGGGUGAGGGGGUCCCCUUAAAUCCCUCCCACCCCACACAAGGGGAGAAACACAACCAUUUCCUGACCAUUUUUGUACAUUUUGGGUUAAAAACUUGUAAAAUUUUCUUUUGAUAUCUAAAAAUAUAUUAUAAUAAA